AUGCUCUCUUCACUUCUCGCACGCCACGGACCCGCUUUGCCAGCCUCGUUUUUUCCCUCUUCCGCCUCGCCCUUUGGCAAUUCCUCCCCGAUUUCUGCGGAAGGCAGCAGGCGCAAACGGGUCGCGGCUCUCGCAGGCGCAGGCAUCCAGUUCUACGUGAACCUUAUCGCAAAGGAAAUCCGCGUCGCUGUUCAGGCACUGAAGAACUUCCCCGACUCGCUCCGAACACCGACCGCUCUCUCGGCUUAUAUUCGGGCACUGCUGCUCCUCGUCAUGGGGCAGGAGCGGGAGCUUCUCGGUUCCAAGCGCGAGCGCAGGAGGAUCAAGCUGGCGGAGCAGCUGCUGGAGAUGCAGCGGGAGGAGUCGGAGCGAAAGCGAAUGGCGGGGAAGGAGACGAAAAGAAAACCACCCGAGAGAGGGAAGCGAGAAGGCGGUCCAGAAGGCGCACGAGAGCAGAAGAAACAGCGCGCUGCGAGGGAGCGCUUCGUGGAGCAACAGGCUCUUCUCGAAAGAGAGAAGAAACUCGCCGACGCCACGCAAAGUCUCCCCAGCGUUGCCCGGGUGUACAGACAGCUGAAGGCGUUGUACGUCGACUUGGUGGCGACAGGGAAGAUGCAUGCAUCUCAGGCCAGCGCGUCGCCGAGUGUCGCGGAGGCUCGGGAACGGUACCGCGACGGGCUGCGCAGUUUGCGAGAACUUCUCACGAUGCAUAGGGAGGCCUUGCUCGACUACCAGAUCCUCUCGUCGUUUCUGAAACGCCAUGCAGAGGAGCGCUGUUCCCUCCAGAGACUCUCUCCGACAAAGCCGCUGGCGAUGAUUGUAGGCGCCCCGAAUGUGGGGAAAACGUCGCUCUUUCUCGCACUCGUCUCUGCAAACAGCCACGCUCACGAAGAGGCGCGAAGACGCUUCAAUGCAGCCGUUGCGGCAGGCAUGAAGCGUGGACAUGCGACGCCCCCGUCGUCCCUGUCACUCAUGGAGAAGCGCCACGAACAUCCUGAGGAGAGUCCCUCUCUGUCCGAUCGCCCAGAGGCGCCCACCUCUCUCUCGUCUGCUUCGCCUUCUCCGCCUUCUCCGCCUUCUGCCUCGUCGUUUGUUUGCUCGCACGCUUCGCCUGGGGCGUGCGCGGCUUCGAUUGCGGCUGCCUCGACAACUGCCGAAGCUCGGGUUGACGCCGCGUCGACAGCAGAGGAAGCGGACGAGAAGUCAGAAGACGGGACGCUCGUGUCAGGAACGCUUGCUGAGGGAGAAGGACCAGCAAGGCGAGGGUCUUUCAUCGACAGAGUCCGAGAAAAAUGCGAGGCGCUCCGAAAGGAAGGAAAAGGACUGUGGGAGGGGGGUCCUUUGCCUGAUCCUGAGGAGAUUCUACAAGGCAGAGAACACGACGAAGAGGAGGAAAGAGAAGCAGAAGGAGAAGAAAGAGAAGGCGAGGAAGAAAGAGGAGUAGGAGAAGAAGAAGGAGAAGAAAGAGAAGAAGGCGAGAAAGAAGGAGAAGAAGGAGCUGGAGGCGGGGGGAGCCGCGACAGAGAGAAUGUGUUUGUUAGCGAGACGAGAGAGAAGAUCGAGCAAGCAAGAGAGGUGGAUGGCCGGGGUGAACCGUCUGGGGAUCCUGACCCUAUGUUUGCGUCGCCUCGCUGGGUGUCGCCUCCCUCGGCGCAACUCGAAGGAGAGGCAAUGGAACUCGGUCGCAGGCUGGCAUUGGAUGCAGCGGAAGAAGUUCCGGCUGCUUCUGAGGAUAACGUGAGGACGCCGGAAGCUCGCGAUGUGAGCCCCGUCGCGUUCUCGACCCAAGGCCUCCACGUCGGGAAGGUUUUUGAGAGAACGUCGAACGAAACUUACAAGGCGCUAGGGCAGAUCCUCGACGGUCCACCUCUACUGCUGCCGGCUACCGAGGCAGAGAGAAACGUGUUCGAGCGCCUGACGCUCACGACGCUUUCUCACCUCCCCUGCGCCGUUCUCUUUCUCUUCGACUGUUCAUCCCUUCCUCGCUCGCCUCAAGCGGGCAACGCAUGCAACGGAGAGCAAGGAGCGAGAGAGACAGAGAAGACGAGGAGCCCUGCCGAAAAGGCCAGGUGUCCUUUAACGCUCGAGGAACAGCUGCGGCUACGGCAAAUGCUCAGGCAGCGAUUCCCAAAACGGCCCUGGAUCGACGUCAUUUCCAAGGCUGACGAGCUCACCCUGCACCAAUUGAACGCGGCAAAAAAACUCCUUCCGCCCUGCCUCCUCCUCUCGACGCAGCGCUCUGCCACGUCCCUCAUGCAUGUUCAGCAGCAUCUGCGUCUCGUCCUCCUGCAACUGCGCGGGGCGCAAGAAGACAGAGAGCGACUGCUGCGCAUGCACCGACGAAUGGAGAGAAGAGAGAGAGUCCGCCAGAGACAGGCGGAGGACGCCGAGCACGUGGAGAAUGUGCUGAGGCGACUGAGGAGCAGAAAACGCGAACAGGAACACGGAGCCCAGGAAAACGCGUGA